AGUUAAUGCUGACUAGAGUGCGAAAUUAUUGCAUAAGUCGUUUAACCUCGAAAAUUCUGUGAAAAAAAAAGCUGAAGUGGAAAAACUGUGCGCCCAUAUGAAGCGAAAUCCUCUGUAAUUUGCUCAAUUGAACGCCAGCGCCGACGCGUUGUCAUAAAGUUAAUCAGCGUGUAUCCAAGAGAUACAUUUGAAUCUUUUUAUAUAAUUUGUCACACAGAAUAAAAUGGCAAAUAGUAAACCGGCUCUAUUUGGGCUGUUGCUGCUCUGUGGACUCUGCAGUCUGAGCUACGCCUACAAAGUGGGCGUGGGACGUGCAGACAUAACCGGACCACCAGUGGAAAUUAAUUUUAUGGGCUAUGCGAACAUCAAGCAGGUGGGACGUGGUCUGCACACUCGCACCUUUGCACGCGCCUUUGUCGUGGAGGAUGAGAAGGGACAUCGGGUGGCGUUUGUGAGCGCCGAUGCGGGCAUGAUGGGCUAUGGUCUGAAGCGUGAGGUUAUCAAGCGAUUGCAGGCGCGCUAUGGCAAUAUAUAUAAUGUGGAGAAUGUCAUCAUAAGUGGCACACAUACGCAUGGCGCUCCUGGUGGCUUUCUGAUGCACUUGCUCUAUGACAUUUCCAUUCUGGGCUUUGUGCCGCAAACCUUUGAGGCAAUGGCUCAUGGCAUUUACCUGUGCAUUAAGCGCGCUACGGAUAACUUGGUGGACGGACGUAUUUUGCUGUCGAAGACCACAGUGCUGAAUGCGAAUAUAAAUCGCUCGCCUUCUUCGUAUUUGCGCAAUCCGGCGGAGGAGCGCGCUCAGUAUGAGCACGAUGUGGACAAAACGCUCACCCAGCUGCGUUUCCUGGACAAGGAGAACAAUUUGUUGGGCGCCUUCAAUUGGUAUGCGGUGCAUGCCACUUCGAUGAACAACACCAACAAGCUGGUUACUAGCGAUAACAUGGGCUACGCUUCGCUGCUGCUGGAGAAGGAAUACAAUCCUAAUAAGAUGCCUGGCAAGGGCAAAUUUGUUGGCGCCUUUUGCUCCUCCAAUUUGGGUGAUGUUUCACCCAAUAUUAUGGGCCCCAAGUGCUCCAUUUCAGGCAAUGACUGCGACAUACUCACCUCGCAUUGUCCCACUGGUGAGGGUGAGUGCUUUGCCUCUGGUCCUGGUCGCGAUAUGUUCGAGAGCACGCAGAUGAUUGGCCAACGACUGGCGGAGGGCGCCUUGAGUUUGCUCAAUGAGCAGAGUCAGGAGUCGACGGCACGCGAAGUCACUGGCGAUGUGCGCUUCAUACAUCAGUUUGUGGAUAUGCCCAACUAUAAUGGCAGCACCUACAAUCCGCUGUCGCGCAAGCUGGACAAGAUUAGAGGCUGCCAGCCGGCCAUGGGUUAUAGCUUUGCUGCUGGCACCACCGAUGGGCCGGGCGCCUUUAGCUUUGAGCAGGGCACCACCACCGACAAUCCCAUGUGGAACUUUGUGCGUGACUUUAUAGUGCCGCCCACACAGGAGGACAUCAAGUGUCAUGAGCCCAAGCCCAUUCUGCUGGCCACCGGACGCGCAACUUUCCCUUAUGAAUGGCAGCCCAAGAUUGUAUCCAAUCAGAUUGUCAAGAUUGGCGAUGUCAUCUUGGCGGGCGUGCCCUGUGAGUUUACCACCAUGGCUGGACGUCGUCUGCGUAAUCAAAUACGCGCCGCUGCCUCCGCUGCUGGUGGCAUUGAUACGGAAGUCAUCAUUGCGGGCUUGAGCAACAUCUACUCCAGCUACACGGUUACGCCGGAGGAGUAUCAGGCGCAGCGUUACGAGGCUGCUUCGACCAUCUUUGGCCCCCACACCCACACCAUCUAUAUGGAUGUAUUUGAGCGCUUGACCAAGGCUCUGAUGCGCAAUGAGACCGUUGAUGCUGGUCCCAGUCCGCCGUAUAUGAAUGAUGUUAUGCUGUCGCUGAAUACGGGCGUGCUCUUUGAUGGGCAUCCCAUAGGCACGGACUUUGGCUAUGUAAAAACGCAGCCGCUGAAGCAAUACGGCAUCAAUGAUACCGUCAAAGCCACUUACAUCUCUGGCAAUCCACGCAAUAAUCUCUUUACGGAGAAAACUUACUUUAUGGUAGAGCGCAAGAUAAACGAGGAUCGCUGGAAGGUUACCUACACGGAUGCCAGCUGGGAGACCAGAAUGGUCUGGCAUCGCACCAACACCAUCUUGGGCUUCAGUGAAUUGGAAAUCUAUUGGAAUAUUAGUCCGCAAACCUUGCCCGGCGAGUAUCGCAUACGUCAUUGCGGCGAAUACAAGUAUAUUUUGGGUGGCAAAUAUCCGUACGAGGGUCUGACGCAUUCCUUCACCGUUAAGGAGGAUUAAGCCACAAAUUCCUGUAUUUAUUCUAACAUAUAUUACAUUAUACAUUAUGAAGAAAGCUUUAUUUUAACAGAAUACAAGUAAAGGGAAUGCCAAAUUUAA